AUGGAUUUGAAAUUAAUUUGCCAACCUAAAUUUCAUUUUCGAUUUUUUAAUUUCUCUGGAGAACCAAAAGCAAUCGCUCCAUCUAUUCAUGAUUACGAACACAUACCAAUAGUUACACUUGAAGAAGCAGUUGAACCAUUAGUAAUUUUCAUACCUCAAGUACAAGAUAUGGUUAAAUUAGUAAAAGAAAAAUGUCAACAACCAAAAGAUAAUCUUUCUAUAGAUGAAUCAGGUUCAAUUAUGCUUUAUACAAUGGAAUGGUUACCAAAAGAAGAUUCAUUUCAUUAUAUAUUUAAUCGAAAACUUCAUUUAAAUGAUCCUAAUGAAUUAAUCCCUUGGUAUUUUUAUUUAAAAUUAAUUUCAACAUCAUUAUCAAAAUUACCAAAAUUAUCUAGGCGAAUUUUUUAUCGAGGAAUUAAUUUAGAUUUAAAAAAUGAAUAUUUUUUGAAUAGAAAACUUUUUUGGUAUGAAUUUUUAUCAUGCCUUUCAUCGAUAAAUGCUUUUGAUAAAAAAGAAUUUGGUUUUGUACAUACGGGUAUUCGUACUUUAUUUAUUAUUCAUAGUAAUCAUGCAAAAAAUAUCAGUCAACAUUCAUUUUAUAAAAUAGAACAUGAAAUUUUACUCUUACCUGGACAACGAUUUCAAAUUGUUUCAUAUAAAUCAAGAGAUGAACUUCAUGUUAUUACUUUAAAAGAAAUUUCAUAUCCCGAUUCUAUUGAAACAAGUUUGUCAACAGUAACUAGAAAUGAAAAUUUAAAAUUGUUUAAUUUAUUAUUUCGAAAACGAAUUAAAUAUUAUGAGAACUAUUGUGAAAUUAAUUUGAGAAAUCAAAAAUUAACUGAUACUCAUAUGAAUAUUAUUACUGAACAAGCUAUAAAAAAUAAAAAAUGUAUUUGGCUCUCGUUACAAAAUAAUCAAAUUACAUCACAGGGUCUAUGUAUUGUAGCUGAUAGUUUAAAGGAAAAUGAUUCAUUAGAAUCAUUAUAUCUUUCACGAAAUUUCGUGACUAAUGUCGGUGUAAAAUAUUUAACUGAGAUUCUUUCAAAUAAUUAUUCAAAUUUGACAUUACUUUGUCUUGAUCACAAUGGUAUUAAAGAUGAAGGUGUACAUUAUUUAGCUGAUAUGUUAAAAGAAAAUCGAACUUUAACUGAUUUAUGGCUUUCAUAUAAUGAUAUAAGUGAUUAUGGUGUACAAUCAUUGGCAAAUGUAUUACGAUCUGAUAAUGAAACUCUUAUGCAAUUAUAUUUAAAUGGAAAUAAAUUAAUAAGUGAUUAUAGUAGUAAUUUUCUUCUUUCUAUGUUUGAAUCCAAUCGAACAUUAAAUACUUUUUGGUUACAAGAUUGUUGUUUGUCACAAGAAGGGAAAAUAAAAAUGUCAAGUUAUAGUUAUGAUAAUUCAGCAAUGGAUCAACGACGAUCGAAUUUUACUAAUUUAUAUGUGAAAAAUUUUGGUAAAGAUAUGAAUGAAACAAAAUUAUGUCACUUAUUUGGUACUUAUGGUACUAUAACAAGCUGUAAAAUUCAAACAGAUAAUAAUGGUCAAUCAAAAGGAUUUGGUUUUGUUAAUUUUGAACGACCAGAAAUGGCACAACAUGCAAUGAUGAAUUUAAAUGGAUAUGUAUUACACGACGGCAAACAAUUGUAUGUUGGACGUUUUCAAAAAAAAUCUGAACGUCAAAAUGAACUUCUACGAAUUCGCGAAGAAAAUCAGCAUAAACAAUCGAAUAAUCUUUCGUUGUUUGUUAGUAAUUUGGAUCCAUUGAUUGAUGAACAAUUACUUGAAGUAAUAUUUACUAAAUUUGGUAGAGUAACUAAAACACAUAUCUUGAGAAAUGGUAAUCAAUCAAAAGGUGUUGGUUUUGUAUGCUUUAAUACAAUAGAAGAAGCAACUAAAGCUCUAAAUGAAAUGAAUGGUAAAUGGAUUCUUUCAAAACCAAUCUAUGUAAAAUUGAGUACAAAUAUGAAUAGUGAACAAUCAAUUACACCUAGUCCACCAACGCCAUCGAUUUCUUCAGCAAAUAUAACUUCUCCACCAACGAUUCGAAUGCCAUAUUUCAAUACUCCAAUGAUGUUUUAUCUACCUACACUUAUGGCUCCAACUCAAUCAAAUAAUUAUCCAUUAUCAAUAGAUCCACUCAAUUUGCAAACACAGUCUACUAAAAGAUAUUCACCACCACCAUCAUCAAUGCUAACGUCAUCCAGUACUACUAAUACAAAACAAUAA